UUAUAUGAUAGUGGGAGUAUUUAGUUAAUUGUUAAGCGGUCUAAAUUAUGCAAUUCUAAUGUCAACUUUCUUCUUGUAUAUUAAAAUCACAACUAGGUGAAUACGAAUAAUAAAAAACUCAGAAUUAUUUAGCCCAAAAUAGAAAUCGCAAGCCCUCUACAUACAUUGCUAUUUAUAGUUGUUAAACGUUUCUUCCACGUAAAAAUACCAAAUCCAGGCACAAUGACUUCAAAGAAACCGGUUAACCGACCCUCGGUGAGGCACCCGAGUCACAACCAUCCGCUACGCCUCUUCAAAUCCCAAGAAGAAGAUGAGAUCAUCUGCUCUGGAUGCGAGCUUGACCUAAUCGGACAAGCCUUCAAAUGUACAAAGAAAGACUGCGAUUACUUCUUGCACAAGUCAUGUUUCGACCUACCUCGUGAAACCAAACACAAGUCUCACUCAGACCACCCUUUGACCCUGCUUCAUUCCCCACCGUAUGGUCACUCUUACACGUGCGACGCAUGCGGCCAAUAUGGAUCCGGAUUCACUUACAACUGUUCAGAGUGCCAGUACGAUGUACAUGUUGGAUGUGCCUUUAUCCCCGAAACUGUGAAGCGCGAAGAUCACGACCACCCCCUCACUUUAGUCUACAACACACCAUGCAAAGGUCGCGAGGACGGUGCAAUGUUCAUAUGUGAUGUUUGUGAAGAAGAUAUGUCGGAGAAUCUUUGGGUUUAUUACUGCAAAGAAUGUGAUUAUGGGACACAUGUGCAUUCUUGCGCGGUUUAUGAAGAUCAUCAGCCAAAGAAAGGAGGAGGAGGAGGAGAAGAAGGAAGAGGAGGAGGAGGAGGAGGAGGAGAAUCGAGCUCUGCCGCUGCAAGGAUGAAGUCGUUGAUGAAAGCUCAAGAUGAGAUGGCGGCGUUGCAGCUCGAGGCACGUAUUAGGAAGAACACUAAUGAUGCUAUACUUGAGUUAUGGGAUGAACCAAAGCGGAGAUAUUAUUGGUGAUCGAAACUAUGAAUGAUCUAUUUGAUGCAUUGAUGAAGAUUGUAAUUGUUUUUUUUUUUUUUUGGGAAUUUCGUUUGUUCGUGUGACUUACUGCAACAAUUAUUUUCAAUGAAACUUUGUUAUGCAAAAUAAAAAGAAAA